CGCUCUGGCAGAGUUAUAUAUAGCUGGCUGGUAAUCUCUCACAUCAUCUCGUGCUCAUGAUGUUUCCAAUGCUCCGCCCGCAACCUUGCCACCACAAGAUUUGCCCAUUUCCACACUAAAGUCAGGGUUCACGAUCCUUGCCAAGGGCAAAUCCGUCAUCCCUUGUCCAUCUCCUCCACUCCUUGUCCACUCCUCUCCACUUUACCUGUCCUAACGACGUAUACCACGGCGAAACUCUCAUGCUAGAAGUAAACUUUCCCAAACGAAAUAUCCGCCUUUGUCUCCCCUUGGCCUCCUUGGUAUCUAUGAAACAUCGGCCAUCAAUCCCCUUCUGGUCCAACUACGCGCGCAUCAACCACCGUAUACCGUAUCGGACAUGACCGACUGAGACGACCAAGGAAGCUUCUCCGCUUCUUUCUUCUUCCUACUCUUACUCAUUCGAAAUACCGACAUCAUCAAAGCCCUUCCCUGUAAACAAAUAUACCGUGGCGUUCAACUGACAGGGCGCAGUCGGUACUCGGUACGGCGGUGUUCGCGGGGAACGCCCUGGCAGACUGGCAAUAGGAUCGUCGGCUGUGUAUUAGAUACAAGACCCUCCUCCUUCUGUCUAGUGCUCCGCGAUACCUUGUCUAUAGAUCUACAUUUCAAUCUCUUCAUCCCGUCUCGCUGCAACUCUUCCAAACUAACCAUUCCUUCCAUGCAUCUUCACUAUCACCUCCUCUUUACCCCUUCACCUCCUCACCGCCGCGCUAGAACAUGGCGACCAUAACAGCACCACCACCGCAGCACCACACGACCUGGCCGACACCAAACCAACCCCCCAACCCAACACCCUCCUGGCCACCACCAGCUCUCUUCAUGAAGAUGGAAUUCGGCAUCUCCCUCGCCCCAACCUCCACCCACAAUGUCUCCCUCUCCUACGCCUCCCGCCCCAUCACCACCUCUCGCCUCGCAAAAACAAUCCCGACCUUCCUCCUCCCCUCCGCGCGCCGCGGCCGUGGCACAAAGAAAGACGCCCGCCCCUCUCCGCGCUCCAGGUCCGAGAUCCUCAUGCGCCCCGCCUCUACAGUAACUCCGUCGUACCAGCAAUACACUAUGCUCCAGCCGUCAUACCCGCAUCCCGAGAGGCCAGCACCGCAACGCACAUCUUCGCUCAAUCCUAACUAUGCGCCUCCCCUCCGCUGGGGACCGACAAGGCACUUCCCUGAACACAAACCUCUCCCUGAACUCCCCUCGCGCUUCCGACUCGGCGAACCGGAUCUUCCCUGGUCGUCCCCGGCGCCGUCAAUCAGGAGCACCACAACCGCGCAAACGACAUCUACCCCCUCCGUCGCUGGGCCGUCUUCUGACCCCGUAUGGUCCGCCGUCUCCCCACCCUCAACAACCUGGGCUGCUCCGCGCAGUAUCUCUAACCCCUCCUCCCCCGUCGUGAGCCCUGAUGUCUCCUUCGCAUACCCCCCGCAACCACAACCACACCACCACCAGCACAGCGGCUCCGUCUCCUCCCCCGCCUCCCCCGCCGACGCGGUCCCAGGCCCAAAACCCUGGCGCGACACCAGUUUCUACACCUCCAUCCCCGGGCCUCGCUCCAUCACCCCGCCGCACAACCAGCGCGCGCGCGCGGUGUCGGCGUCGGAUCGUGGUACGGACAGUAUGAGUGGGGGAGGGGAGAGGGAGAGCGUGCGUGAUUAUGAGGCUGAGCUGCGGGCGAGGGAUGAGACGAGGAUGGCUAUUGAUCCGUUGAAGGAGCGGGAGAUGCAUAAUUUACAGGCUGCGAUGAUGUCGUUCGAUGCGCUGGGGGAGUGGGAUGAGACGACUGCUAGUGUGGGGAUGAAUGCUGCGCCUGCGAGUAAUUACCCGCAUCACACCUACAUGGACCAGUGGAACGCCAACAACAACGGCCGCUCUAGAAACGUAGGAUGGGCGGAGGGUCGCACAAACAGUCCCCGCGAUCUCGGGUGGGCGGUGGGCGUCGGCGAGGAUGGGCACAUGGGCGUCGUGAGGGAUGAUGAGGCGGGGUGGCAGAGGUAUAAUUUCGAGGAGUGGGAUAGGGCGGGGAAGGGGUGGUCGUAUAGGGAUGUUAAUGGGUUUACGUCUUAUUGGCCUGAUGGGAUGAGGAGGAGGAGUUGGAAUGGGGGGGAGACGCCGGUGUGGGCCGCGAGGAGGCGGUAGGGCGUGUGUGUAUGUGUGUGUGUGGUGGGCGUUUUUUGGCUUUGGG